CUUUGGGAGCUCCGGCCUUCCGGCGGUGGAGGUGCAGGGUCGGGAGGGGGGCUCCCAGGUGCUCUCUCUUUAAAAGGCCAGCGGAAGCGCCGCGCGCUUGGCCCGCACUCGCCGCGCAAACUUGCCGGGCUGGGUUCACGUCUUCCCGAGUGCGGCAGCGGCAGUGGGCGCCGGGGCUGAUCGGCUGCGGUCCCCUCGCCCCCUCGUGCUCCCGGGCGCUCCCGCCCCCUCCCGCAGCCUCCCCUCUCCGCGUCUUCCUCGCUCCCCCUGUCUCUCGCUCGCUCUCCAGCGCGCUCUCUCGCUCGCUCUCAUUUUUUCCUGCUGCUACUGCUGCUGCUGCUGCCGCGGCGCCGCCGGGCGCCCGCAUCUCGGCCGGCCGCGCUCGCCGCUCGGCUCCCGUUCCACUCCCUUCCCCGCCCGGAGCCCCCGGCUGGACCCCGCUGCCCGGAGCCGCGUCGCCCGCUCCCUUCGGCUCGGACGCCGGGCUCGGCGGGGCCGGAGCAGGGCUGACUAGCCGGCUCGCUGUUGCCGGAGCAGCGGCAGAACGCCGCGCGCUUGGAGGCGGCUCCGGCCGGGCAGCAGCCAGCUCAUCCCCGCUGCGUCCCGGACUCCGGGCGGCUCCGCGCCCGGCUCGGUCCGCAGCGUCAGCGCCGUCCGCCGCGGCCCGGGCUCCCGGCAGCGCUAGCAGCCAGCCGCCGCCGCCGCCGCCUCUCUGCGCCCCCGGGGCAGGCGGGAGCGCAACCGACCCCUCGCCCUGGCACAGACCUUGCCGGCGCGCGGGUUGGUAGGAGGAGAGCAUUGGAGCUGUUUUCUCCUUGAUGCCAAGAUAUGUCAAACUAGGAGCAUUCUCUUUUCACACUCAUCCGUCAAGAACAGACCUGCAGGACGUGGGGACCAAGACUAGAGCUUUGCUUCUCCCUGGCCACUCCUGGCUGCCUGGGGGCAUGGCCCGUGACGGCAACUGAGCACUGCCUGAGUGGCAAGGAGCACCAGCAUGGGUUACCUGGUUGGCCGCCCUCAGCACCCCCGCUGCUGAAGCUGCCCCGGAGAGACUUUUGGGGGCUGCCCCACCCAUGCUGCUCCAGGCUGUGGGCCCAGGGGCCUGCCAAGGCUAGGAGUGGGGCCUGCCAUUCAUGGGUCUCUAGGGAUUUCCGAGAUGCCUGGGAAGACAGGCUGGGGCUGGUGGUGGGCCCGGCUGCCUCUUUGCCUGCUCCUUAGCCUUUAUGGCCCCUGGGUGCCUUCCUCCCUGGGGAAGCCCAAGGGCCACCCCCACAUGAAUUCCAUCCGCAUAGAUGGGGACAUCACACUGGGAGGCCUGUUCCCGGUACACGGCCGGGGCUCGGAGGGCAAGGCCUGCGGGGAACUUAAGAAGGAGAAAGGCAUCCACCGACUGGAGGCCAUGCUGUUUGCCCUGGAUCGCAUCAACAAUGACCCGGACCUGCUGCCCAACAUCACGCUGGGCGCCCGCAUUCUGGACACCUGCUCGAGGGACACCCAUGCCCUCGAGCAGUCACUGACCUUUGUGCAGGCGCUCAUCGAGAAGGAUGGCACGGAGGUCCGCUGUGGCAGUGGCGGCCCACCCAUCAUCACCAAACCUGAACGUGUGGUGGGCGUCAUUGGUGCUUCCGGGAGCUCGGUCUCCAUCAUGGUGGCCAACAUCCUUCGCCUCUUCAAGAUCCCCCAGAUCAGCUACGCCUCCACAGCCCCCGACCUGAGUGACAACAGCCGCUACGACUUCUUCUCCCGCGUGGUGCCCUCGGACACGUACCAGGCCCAGGCCAUGGUGGACAUCGUCCGCGCCCUCAAGUGGAACUACGUGUCCACGCUGGCCUCGGAGGGCAGCUAUGGCGAGAGCGGCGUGGAGGCCUUCAUCCAGAAGUCCCGGGAGGAUGGGGGCGUGUGCAUCGCACAGUCAGUGAAGAUACCCCGGGAGCCCAAGCCUGGGGAGUUCGAUAAGAUCAUCCGGCGCCUCCUGGAGACCUCGAACGCCAGGGCGGUCAUCAUCUUUGCCAAUGAGGAUGACAUCAGGCGUGUGCUGGAGGCCGCACGGAAGGCCAACCAGACAGGCCACUUCUUCUGGAUGGGCUCCGACAGCUGGGGCUCCAAGAGCGCCCCCGUGCUGCGCCUGGAGGAGGUGGCCGAGGGCGCUGUCACUAUCCUCCCCAAGAGGAUGUCAGUGCGAGGCUUCGACCGCUACUUCUCCAGCCGCACGCUGGACAACAACCGGCGCAACAUCUGGUUUGCCGAGUUCUGGGAGGACAACUUCCAUUGCAAGCUGAGCCGCCACGCGCUCAAGAAGGGCAGUCACGUCAAGAAGUGCACCAACCGAGAACGCAUUGGGCAGGACUCGGCAUAUGAGCAGGAGGGGAAGGUACAGUUCGUGAUUGACGCCGUGUAUGCUAUGGGCCACGCACUGCACGCCAUGCACCGCGACCUGUGUCCUGGCCGUGUGGGGCUCUGCCCACGCAUGGACCCCGUGGACGGCACCCAGCUCCUCAAGUACAUCCGCAACGUCAACUUCUCAGGCAUUGCGGGGAAUCCCGUGACCUUCAAUGAGAAUGGAGAUGCCCCUGGCCGCUAUGACAUCUACCAGUACCAGAUGCGCAAUGGCUCGGCUGAGUACAAGGUUAUCGGCUCCUGGACGGACCACCUGCACCUCAGAAUAGAGCGGAUGCACUGGCCGGGGAGCGGGCCGCAGCCACCCCGCUCCAUCUGCAGCCUGCCGUGCCAGCCGGGUGAGCGGAAGAAGACCGUGAAGGGGAUGCCGUGCUGUUGGCACUGUGAGCCGUGCACAGGGUACCAGUACCAGGUGGACCGCUAUACCUGUAAGACCUGCCCGUACGACAUGCGGCCCACUGAGAACCGCACGGGCUGCCGGCCCAUCCCCAUCAUCAAGCUGGAGUGGGACUCGCCCUGGGCCGUGCUGCCCCUCUUCCUGGCCGUGGUGGGCAUCGCUGCCACGCUCUUCGUAGUGGUCACCUUCGUGCGCUACAAUGACACGCCCAUCGUCAAGGCCUCGGGCCGCGAGCUGAGCUACGUGCUGUUGGCCGGCAUCUUCCUGUGCUACGCCACCACCUUCCUCAUGAUCGCUGAGCCCGACCUGGGGACGUGCUCUCUGCGCCGCAUCUUCCUGGGGCUGGGCAUGAGCAUCAGCUACGCGGCCCUGCUCACCAAGACCAACCGCAUCUACCGCAUCUUCGAGCAGGGCAAGCGGUCGGUGAGCGCGCCGCGCUUCAUCAGCCCUGCCUCGCAGCUGGCCAUCACCUUCAGCCUCAUCUCCCUGCAGCUCCUCGGCAUCUGCGUGUGGUUUGUGGUGGACCCGUCCCACUCGGUGGUGGACUUCCAGGACCAGCGGACGCUCGACCCCCGCUUUGCCAGGGGCGUGCUCAAGUGCGACAUCUCGGACCUGUCGCUCAUCUGCCUGCUGGGGUACAGCAUGCUGCUCAUGGUCACGUGCACCGUGUACGCCAUCAAGACGCGCGGCGUGCCCGAGACCUUCAACGAGGCCAAGCCCAUCGGCUUCACCAUGUACACCACCUGUAUCGUCUGGCUCGCUUUCAUCCCCAUCUUCUUUGGCACCUCGCAGUCAGCAGACAAGAGGCACAGGCCACCAGGAGCUGAAUCUCUGAAUCUCCACUGGGCUCUGCCAGCCCUGCAAACAGGUAGAGAGAGAGAGGGGUGGGGCCGCGGCGGGGAGUUGUGUGGGUACAGAGGUGUGUGUGCCUUCUUGUGCAUGGUUGGUGGUGGCUGGGUGGUGUGUGUAUCUGUGUGCAGGUGGCUGCGUUUGUGUACACUGGGUGGGGAUGGGCAGGUGUGUACAUUGAGAGCUUCACGGCUGGGAUGCAUGUGGGUGUGCAGACGAGUUGCAUGUGCCUGGCCAUGUAUGUGCAGAUGUGUGUGUGUGCACUUGUAGGUGCGUAUUCAGGUAUGUGUACAGAUAUGGAUGAAUGCGUCUGGGUGCCUGCAUACGAGUGUACCUAGGUGCAUGAAGGGAGUGCAUUUGUGUGUGUACACGUGCCCCCUGGCAUGAGUCUGAGUCACAUAUGAGCGCACAGCUGUGAGUUCAGGGAUGUGUGUGUGUGUGAAUGCAGAGAUGCAUGUGUCUAUGGGCAUGCGUGUCUGUGGGUAUGUGGGCGUGCCCAGGCUUGUGUGCACAUGUGUGUGCAGGGGCUCGUGGCGCCCAUUUCCCCAGCAGGCAGGUGGUGGCGCGGAGCGAAGCAGUCUGUGCUGCUGGGCUGAGCAGGUGGAUGGCUUUCCCCAUGCUAGCCCCAGUCGCCAGGGAUUAUUAUGGCCACCGUGCAGCACUACCCAGAGCCGGGCACAGCAUGCUUUCUCCACGGCAUGGGGUUCCCACUUAGCUGCCCUUGGGUGGGACCUAGCCACAGAGGCUGACCAGGAGGUGGGGAGGUUCAUUUCUCUGGUUUGUACAGAUUCUGAGGAUCUCUGUGGCCACUAGGAUCAGCCUGAGCCAAAUCGCGGAGCAGGUAGAUCUCCUCGGCACCCCCAGGCGGGCCCCUUGGACCCUCCGCCCAGCAGGCCUCACAGGGAAAUGGGAGACUCCUCAUCUCCCUCUACAGCAGCUCCUUUCUGUGCCCUUUGCCCCACCUGCGGUUACCUCUGUCCACGCCCAUCAGACCUAGCUCUGACAACCUCUUUGCUCUGGGGAGCAGCCACUUGUGAGGCAAAGUCAGGAUUUCUUGCAGAGGACAGAGGGUAGCCAGGGCCUGACCAGAAAGGGGGGCAGGAAUCCAGGCACCCCCAUCUGGAAGACAGGUUGGCUGGGAAACAAGACGAAAUCAGAUCCUGGAGGUCACCUCUCAGGCCACCGGCCUUGGAGGGCUGCAUCCGUACCUGGGCCUCAUCCCUGGGAGUUGGGGGUGUCUGUUGGGUUCUAGAGGUUUUAGAGGGCUGCUCCUUCUUUGAUAGAAUCAGCAUGCUACUACCUGUUGGUGACAACGUGCGCCUUCACACAGGGGGCUCUGGGACAACGUGUGAGCUGGUGGGAGGGUGGGAGUUCCAGACCCCAGAGCAUGGAGAGGGACUGGGGUGUGCAGCCUUACUUGUGCUUGCACAGGGCCGGCUGCCUCUCAGCCUGGGAUGGCUAGACGAGUCCCCGAAGCCCCUGCUGGAAGGGCAGGGCCCCAGCAGGUGGGGGCAGCUCGCUUAGGUUGGAUUGGUUUAUGCCCCAUCUUGUAUCUUUGCAAAAAGGUUCUAUUCUGAAAAGCAAAAGAGAACACCAAGGAUUGUACUGUUUUCCGCGUUCAGGGCUGGCCCUCUGGUUUUCAGGGCCUUAUGCAGAAAGAAAGUAAAAGCCCCUUUCUUGUUCAAAAAUGAUUCAGGAUUUAAGAUGGUGACAGCAGGGCAUGGAACCACAUGUGUGUCCCCUGGGCUCUUCUUCUGCCUGUGUUAGUGGGGGGGUCUAGCAUCCCACAGUGGCUCAGGACAGAGUGGAAUCUCGCCCCCAAAACAGGGCUCACUCUGUCCAGAGAGGGGGCCUCUAUCCCUGGUUCCACCAACUCCGAAUGGGCCCGAAUGUAUGCCCCACCCCCCAAUCAACAAAGUGUGGGCAGAGGGCCCAAGAUGGAUAUCUGACUUGGAAACACAACCCCGACACCCAAGAACCCCUAGUGUGAGAGGGGAGACUGCCCUCAGGGAGGCCCCGGUCUAAUGAGGGAGACGAACCCUCACCCAGGGAGCUCCCAGUUCAAUGGUGAAGGUCCUGAAAACAAGCAUCAUCUUGAUUAGCCCAGACCUUCAUCACUUUCCCCAUGGUGUGGAACCUGUCCGGCCCCCCCACUGCCAUCAGCCCCAUCUCAGGGGGCAGGAGAGGUAGCCUAUACCCUCCUACUGGCCAGUCAUGCUGGGAGGGAGUGCUGUUGCACAAGAGUGAGAAUAUGGCUUGCACGGGAGGACAGGAGAUGACUGUGUCAGAGGGGUGUGUGUUGCCUGGGGACCAGGCUCUCAUUUCCCUGGGCUUGUGACAGUUUCUGAACAGUGACAAAUAAAACCACUUCUCCACACUCCCAGUCUCCUUCACAGAGCUUCACAGUCUGGGUUUGGCUCACCUCGUGGGUUGGGAGAGGUAGCAGCUCUCAUCCCAUUGCACUGAUGAGUAAACUGAGGGCUAGAGAGGGCUUGAGACUCAGGGUCACAUCCCUCUUUCCUUUCAGACCCCAGGGCUUCUCCAGCCUCUCUCUCAAAGGACAGCUGGAAAGACAGCCUUCAGAUCCAGGUCAUGAAUCAUUUUUAGAGAAGGGCAGAUGGGACAGAGUAUGAGAAUGGGUGUCAUAGGGGGUCAGAUAGAGCUGGGGUUCAGGGAGAGCUUCCUAGAGGAGACGACACAUCAGCCAGGCCCCAAGGGAGGGGGCCCAGAUCUAGAAAUGGAAGAUUUAGGGGGUAGAACAUUUCUUGCCUUCCCCAUGCCCAGACCUGGGGGCUACAGCCCAGGUCUCCUCUGGCUGCACGGAGGUUGAGGGGGGCUGGCGGGACAGCAGAGGCCUGGAAGACUGGGAAGCGUGAUGGAGGAGGCAGGGAGGGGACCCCAGGGGGCAGUGGGAAUUGUCAGGCCCUGCCUGGAAGGCCCCGCUAUUGAAGAAUGGAUUAUCCGACACCCAGAUUAAUGGACUUUCAUUUUGCUAAACAUCUGUCACCGUUAGUGCUGGCGAGCGAGCGUGAAAUGGGCUUUGACUGUGCCGCCAUCGCCAUAUCUCACUGGGCGCUGUGGCUCCCGUGUCAGUGGCCUGCUCUGUCACUGAAUGGGGACCUGGUCGAGGGGCUGUGGCAUGGCCCCUGGGAGUUACCCCAAGGCACCAACAGAUGUUCAUCUCACUCCCAGCCCUGUGUAGCGGGAUGCUGCUGGGAGGGUCAGCUGUGGUUCCCUGAGGGCCCUUCUUUAGGGGUGCUCCCCCCACAUGGCAUGAAGCAGUGGGAAACACUUCCAUGUACGUACGUACCAUGGGCUGGGCAUUGUUGUAUAUAGGAUCACCAUUUACCAAGGCGUUUCAUGCUCAUGGCGGCCCUAUGAGGUGAGUAUUAUAGCAGCAUGCCCAUGUGGGGAAACUGAGGCACAGGGUGGGACUUGUCCAAGGUCACAGAGCUAGAAAUGGUGGAGUCAGGAUUUGAAUCCAGAGAGUCUGAUCUAAAGUCCCAGCUCAACACCACGACUCCCUUCUGCCCAGUCAGUGGGACAUGGGGCGGGACUCCCAGGGUCUGUCCCCCUUGUGUCUGUUCCUGGGGUCGGGACUCUGAGGCUGGGGCAGAGCUCUUUCUGACGCCGCCCCUGGCCCAC